AUGGCCGACGAACGCACGCAGAGCAAGCGGGCAGGUGGGCGAGCCGGCGGACAGGUGAGCAGGCGUGGAGGGGCAAUCGGACGGGUAAGCAAGCGAGUAGAUGGAGAGCAGGAGGGCGAGCGAACACGGCCUACGACCGCGCACGUAGGCAGGCCCCGAGCGGGUACACAAGUGAGCCACGACACGCACAGCGAGAGCGAGGGCGAGGGCGAGGGCGAGGGCGAGGGCGAGGGCGAGGGCGAGGGCGAGGGCGAAAGCUCGGCGAGCAUGCAGGGCAAAGCCCCCGCGUGA